GAGAGAUGAGACGCAAGACUGGGGAAACGGGGUCGACCAGGGGGAAGACUUCUCUGUCAGCUGCUACACAGAAAGCCCUGGAGAGGAAGAGAGGAGUCAUGAUGAGGAAAGCGGCAGAGGGGCAGAGGGGGACUGGAGCUGGGGUUGUAGCUGGCCAGAAGGGCCCUCUGGCUGGGGCAGAGGGGACUGGAGCUGGGGUUGUAGCUGGCCAGAAGGGCCCUCUGGCUGGGGCAGAGGGGAACGUUGUGAAGCAGAUACGUGGGUCUUUUCGACCCAACCCUCAAAGGGUCCCCAAGACCACCCAGUCCCGCAGAUCUCGGUGAAGAAUGUCUACUUAUCAGGCUAGACUGGACCGGAACUGGGUCGUGUUCAUUUUGGCACAGUGUAGCAAAACGUUUUGCACAGGAGAACAAAAACGAGUGUUUCUUAUUGGACAAAUUCAGGGUCAUAUUCAUUAGUGAAAAUGUUUUGGAAAACGAAAACAAGCGUUUCUUAUUGGACAAGUUCAGGUAGUCCUUCCCUUGACCCAGGAAAUGAAUACUGUUGAUACCUAAAAAGAUAUACACACACAAUCCAUCUCACUUAACCCUAAAACAAUAGGCCCCUAUGGGCCCUGGUCAAAAGUAGUGCACUAUAAAGGGUUGCCAUUUGGGACGCUUCCAUAGUGUUUCUUGCUAACCAGUGGACAUCUGGAAAGUAUUGUAUUUUAACUUGAUUGUAUUCUACAAAGGCACAACUCACUGCAUUCAAAUGCAUCUUAGCUACUACAUGCUGUAUGUGACAAUCUAUUCUUACCACAAGACCUCAGGACUUGUUUUUGGACACACUGUUUGUCAUAUGUUAGUUUUACACAUUUUAUACUAUUUAUAUUUCCUAUACCAAUUUGUGGUACGGUAUUGGGAUGGCAAUGCAACCAAAGCCCAGAAAACCUAAGUCUAUAUUUGAAGGUCUGUUCUGAGUGUUCAUCUUUCCUACUGUUUUUGUUCUAAAUUAUUUAGAAGUGUUUUUUAAUAAAGUUUUUUUAAAUAAAAA